AUUUUAUCAUUUAAUGCUUAACGAUAGCAAAUGAAAGAAAUUAGAAGACAACAACAACAACAACAACAACAAUAACAAACAGAAAACUGUUAGGUUUAAUAAAUCAUACCUUAAGAAUCAUAUAAAAGCGAAUGGGUUAAUGGUUAAAAUAGUUAAAUCACUAUUACAAUCGUUAAAGUAAAGUGGCAGCAGUUCAUUUCUAGAAAAUAACACUUUAUAACAUUAAUAAUGACAUUUAAAUCAAUCGCUUUAAUGUUGGUGAUGACUGCUUGCAUUGCCUUGCAGACACAAGCAGCUGCUACCAAGAAAUCAGGUGAACGACUAGCAGCUGUAUAUGUGAAAGAUGGCAACAGUGGUGAAUUGAGAUUUUUGGGAGCUGGAGUGGGUAAUGCCCAAUCCAUUAAUCAAUAUAUUACCAGUAAACAAGACUUUUUGGAACUUUUGAGACCUAAUGGUAAUUGGGGUACAGGCACAGGUAAUGGUAAUUGGGGUACAGGACCAGGCCUUGGUACUGGAACUGGCACUGGCACUGGUACUGGAACUGGUACAGGCACUGGCACCGGUACUGGAACUGGUACAGGCACUGGUACCGGUACUGGUGCAGGUCUUGGUAUUGGUACAAUUGCUGGUGCUAGACCAAUUGUUAUUAAUGCUGGUGGUGGCGGCGGCGGUGGCGUCAAUGCUGGUGCUGGUAAUGGUGCUUUGAAUUCAGCUAUUUAUGGAGCUUCACCUAUUGCUGAUCUUUUACCACAAAUUGUAGCUCAAGCUGCUGUACAAGAUAAUGGUGGUCUAAAUCGUCGUCGUGUUCCCAAUCGUCGUCGUGUUAACCGCCGUCGUCCUGCUAGACGUGGUGUUAAACGUUAUGGCAAUAAAAAUGCUCAAGUUUAUGUCGUACGGCCAAGAGCUUAAGGGAGCAUUUAACGAAUGAUUGAAAAUUGGAAAUGUUUUAAGAGAAAUAAAAUAAUAUUAUG